GCCAAAAAUUUUCCUUCCCGUUUCUUGAGAAAAAAGUUAAGUCACUACAACCAUAUAAAAACCAGCAUCUUUAUUUGACCAUCAGUGAUUUCAGGAUAGUUUACUAACCAAAAUGAGGGGGCUACUACUGAUCGUAGGAAUAACUAUAGCUUUGCCAUCCAUGGCACUAUCUGCUGCUAUAAAUUGCCAUACAAGCGAAAUAAUGAAGUGUGUAGAUUUGGGCGUAGAUUGGUUUAUUUCCUUACCCAAAAGAUCCAUACCAGUCACUGUCACCGAUGUUGACAAUAUGUGCGAUAACCUCGAAAAAGCUUUUGAAUGUGCUCAUAAAUACUUGGAUACAUGUUUAACUCCAAUGCAAAAGGAAGUUGUUGAUUUGGCUGUAGAAGGAGUUGAAGAAUUUAGGUAUCAAUUUUGCUCUAAAGGAUCACCACAACGAUCUCGUUACGAAGCCCACUCUGAAUGUCUGAACCAAGUGGCUCAACUUGACGAAGUAAAAGAUCAUAUAGAAUAUUUUCUUGCUGUCCUUGAAAAUAUUAACUCCAUAGAAAACGAAAAGAAGCUUAUGUAUGGUUGCUGUGGCUACGCAAAGGGAUAUAACAUAAUGCAAGACCUUGUGAAAAGUAAAUGCGGAGAAGAAACAGCCCAAGCAGAUAGAGAAUUACUUGGAAUGAUAUUUGCCCAGCUACCCGAUGUCCUUUGCAAUGGUUUUACUGGCAAUGAAGACAGAUGCAAGGCAGUUCUUCCACCAGACGGAACCAAACCAACUAACGCACUCAAGGGAACAGCACUUUAUGAUUACGUACGCCAUGCAUUGCAGAAAUGGAUAGAUUAAUAUAAAUUAAAUCUAUGUCUGUUUUUUUAAAAAAAAUAUUUAUCCAUGUUUGUUAUUGAAGAUAAAUAUACUUUUGUUGUACAAUAUUCUGUAGUUUAGUUGACACUUAUAUAGUACUAUGCCAUAUUUGUUGUUUUCAUUAGGAAACAAGAAAUAACUCUCAAAUCUGACAAAAGGUUAAAAUCCUCAAAAAAGCAUUAAAAAAAUAUCCGCGAAAUUCUAUAAUAGAAAAUACAAAAAUAUCUAUAA